AUGGAUAUUAGCCAGUCAAAUAGUGGGGGUUCCAGCUUCGUCAUGUUCAAAUCCAUCCUCCUUGCCUCCCUGGGGCUCGGACUGCUAGCCGGGGCAGCAGGAAAUGCACCUCCGCGCCCCAAACCAUUCGACUGCGGCACCAACACUCAGCACGCUGAUGAGCACUUUUUGAAUACCAUCAAAGGUCUGCACGAAGGCGGCAACAACGGUGGCAGUCCUGCGCAGCGGGCUAAGCGCAACGAGCUCCUGGCCCGCGCAAAAGACAACAACACCGCCAUCAGCGUCGACGCCGUCUUCCACAUUGUGGCCACACCUGCCAGCAAAGAUGACAUCUCGAACGACAUGCCUCAAGCCCAAAUCGACGCGCUCAACAAAGCAUACAAAGACUACGGUAUCUCCUUCAAUUUGAUCAACGUCACGUGGACCCAGAACGACAAGUGGGCUGUUGGCGCAACAGAUGACGACACCGCGAUGAAGAAGGCACUCCGCCAGGGCACCUACCGCACGCUCAACCUCUACUUCCAGACGGACCUCAGUGGCGGCGUCCUCGGCCGUUGCAGUCUCCCCUCGAACGUCGCGAACGGCAAAUCUGACCCCACAGUCUACUACAGCGACGGCUGCAAUGUCAAUGCAAACACCAUGCCUGAUGGCGCCAUGGACGGGUACAACUCUGGCAUGACUGCCGUGCACGAGACCGGGCACUGGAUGGGCCUCCUACAUACCUUUGAGGGCAACGCCUGCGAUGGACCAGGUGAUUACAUCGACGAUACGCCGUAUGAGAAAGAGAGUACGGAUGGAUGUCCCACGGAUCCGAAGAAGCAGACGUGUCCGAAUCAAAAGGGAAGUGAUACGUAUGAUCCGAUUCACAACUAUAUGGAUUAUAGUACGGAUGCUUGUUACGAGGGGUUCACGCAGUUGCAGAAAGAGAGGAUGCAUUAUAUGUACAAUCUGUACCGUGAUGGAAACUAA